AUGCGUUACUAUAAUAAUGCGCAGCGCUAUGGCGAUCUUUCUGCUAAACGCACACAACCACCGCCAAAUCUUCCUCCAGGAGUUGCGCACAAGCUCUCUGAAAACUAUUAUUACACUCGUGAUGUUCGGCGUGAGGUCGGUCCACCAGUGGAAGUAUAUAGACCUGGGCCUAAAAUGCUCACCCAAGGUGAAAGUUCUGCUUCCUCUGCACCUCCGCCCUAUGACUUCACCCCCGGUAUCAGACAUAAAUGGGAUGCAAAACUCCAGCGUCCUUGA